CCAACUUAUCCGUGGAAACCGAAACGGCGAAACGAAACUCCAAAACAAGAGCAGCAAUCGACGGGCAGCCCUGCGUUGCCCCCCUCCCACAUCUCCUAUAAAUUUCGAGGCGGCUGAGGGGCACAACUUAGGCCAUCAGGGGAAAAAGGGACAGAGUUAGGCUGCCGACAAAUCCUAUUCGUACUUUCUUUUACUUUCCGUUUCUCUCUUCCUCGUGUCUCUUCCGACGAGGAGGCCCAGAGGUUGAGAGCACUCCUUGUGGCGCAUUUCGUGGUGGGGAAGCAGUGAAACAGCGGAGCUCUUUCGGGCCUGAGAGCCUAAGAAGGCGGUGUUGUGCCGUCGGUCAAUCAUGGCCAACAUCUCCUUAGAAGACGUCAAGAACGAGAACGUCGACCUCGAGCGAAUCCCCGUUGAGGAAGUUUUCGAGCAGCUGAAAUGCACGAAAGGUGGAUUGACGGCCGAGGAAGGCCAGAAGCGGCUGCAGAUCUUCGGCCCGAACAAGCUUGAGGAGAAGAAGGAGUGCAAGGUCCUCAAGUUCCUGGGAUUUAUGUGGAAUCCUCUAUCAUGGGUCAUGGAGUGCGCUGCUAUCAUGGCCCUGGUUUUGGCCAAUGGAGGGGGCAAGCCAACUGACUGGCCAGACUUCGUCGGUAUUAUGGUGUUGUUGCUCAUCAACUCAACCAUCAGUUUCAUCGAGGAAAACAAUGCCGGAAAUGCUGCGGCAGCUCUGAUGGCUAGUCUUGCCCCUAAGACUAAGGUCUUGAGGGAUGGAAAAUGGGGGGAGCAAGAGGCAGAAAUCCUGGUGCCAGGAGAUGUGAUCAGCAUCAAGUUGGGAGAUAUCGUCCCAGCUGAUGCGCGUCUCUUGGAAGGUGAUCCUCUCAAGAUUGACCAGGCUGCUCUCACCGGUGAGUCCCUUCCUGUUACCAGGAACCCAGGAGAUGAGGUAUUCUCUGGCUCUACCUGCAAGCAGGGUGAGAUCGAAGCUGUUGUCAUUGCCACCGGUGUCCAUACCUUCUUCGGAAAGGCUGCUCACCUUGUGGAUAGCACCAACCAAGUGGGUCACUUCCAAAAGGUGUUGACAUCCAUCGGAAACUUCUGCAUAUGCUCCAUUGCUGUGGGAAUGGUAAUUGAGAUCCUGGUGAUGUAUCCAAUUCAGCACAGGGCAUACAGAGAUGGUAUUGACAACCUGCUGGUGCUUCUGAUCGGAGGUAUCCCGAUUGCCAUGCCCACGGUCUUGUCCGUGACCAUGGCUAUUGGGUCUCACCGCCUUUCACAGCAAGGCGCCAUCACCAAGAGGAUGACAGCCAUUGAAGAGAUGGCUGGGAUGGACGUCCUUUGCAGUGAUAAGACCGGUACCCUCACCCUCAACAAGCUUACCGUCGAUAAGAGUCUAAUUGAGGUGUUCCCGAAGAACGUGGAUAAGGAUGGCGUGGUGUUGCUCUCUGCUAGGGCCUCCAGGGUUGAAAACCAGGACGCCAUUGAUGCCUCGAUUGUUAAUAUGUUGGCCGACCCUAAGGAGGCAAGAGCAGGAAUCACUGAGGUGCAUUUCCUGCCCUUCAAUCCCGUCGACAAGCGCACAGCAAUCACCUACAUCGAUGCCAAUGGCGACUGGCACAGAUGCAGCAAGGGUGCACCUGAGCAAAUCAUUGACCUUUGCGAUCUCAAGGGAGAAGCAAGGAAGAAGGCCCAUGCUGUCAUUGACAACUAUGCAGAACGUGGUCUCCGCUCAUUGGGAGUUGCUCGACAGACAGUUCCUGAGAAGACAAAGGAGAGCGCUGGCAAUCCAUGGGAGUUUGUCGGUUUACUGCCUCUCUUUGAUCCUCCCAGGCACGACAGUGCUGAGACUAUCCGUCGUGCUCUUGAGCUCGGUGUAAAUGUUAAGAUGAUCACUGGUGACCAACUUGCCAUUGGGAAAGAGACUGGUCGCAGGCUUGGCAUGGGAACUAACAUGUAUCCGUCAUCCACCCUUCUAGGACAGAGCAAGGACGAGUCCAUUGCCUCCAUGCCUGUUGAUGAGCUCAUCGAAAAGGCUGAUGGAUUCGCCGGAGUCUUUCCUGAGCACAAGUACGAGAUUGUAAAGAAGCUACAGGAGAGGAAGCAUAUCUGCGGGAUGACUGGAGAUGGUGUGAAUGAUGCCCCGGCGCUCAAGAGGGCGGACAUUGGUAUUGCCGUGGCAGAUGCAACUGACGCAGCCAGGAGCGCGUCGGACAUUGUCCUGACAGAGCCAGGGCUGAGUGUGAUUGUGAGUGCCGUCUUGACAAGCAGAGCCAUCUUCCAGAGGAUGAAGAACUAUACAAUCUACGCUGUUUCCAUCACAAUCCGUAUUGUGGUGGGAUUCAUGCUCGUUGCUCUCAUCUGGAAGUUCGACUUCUCGCCUUUCAUGGUCUUGGUUAUCGCUGUCCUGAACGAUGGGACUAUCAUGACCAUCUCCAAGGACAGAGUGAAGCCGUCUCCUCUCCCUGACUCAUGGAAGCUCAAGGAAAUCUUCGCCACUGGCGUUGUCCUUGGAACCUACAUGGCUGUCAUGACCGUGGUCUUCUUUUGGCUUGCAAAUAGCACCAACUUCUUCGGAAAACAUUUUGGAGUGCACAAUAUCUCAGACAACCCGAAACAGCUUAACUCGGCUAUCUACCUACAAGUGAGCAUCAUCAGCCAAGCGCUCAUCUUCGUGACUCGAUCAAGGAGCUGGUCCUUCGUCGAACGCCCUGGUCUCAUGCUUAUGGUCGCCUUUCUUGCAGCUCAGUUGGUGGCCACGCUCAUCGCUGUGUACUGCAGCUGGGGCUUUGCCAGAAUCGAAGGCGUUGGAUGGGGAUGGGCCGGUGUCAUCUGGAUCUACAGCAUCGUCACCUACUUCCCCCUCGAUAUCUUCAAGUUCAUUAUCCGCUACGCAUUGACCGGGAAGGCCUGGGAUAACAUUGUCCAGAACAAGACCGCCUUCACAUCGAACAAUGACUACGGAAAGGGGGCAAGAGAAGCGCAAUGGGCGUCAGCUCAGCGUUCGCUCAGCGGUCUCCAGCCUCCGGAAGCAUUGUUCCACGGCAACCACGGGGAGCAGGCGGAGCUAGCUGAGCAGGCCAAGAGGCGCGCGGAAGUCGCUAGGCUGAGGGAACUGCACACGUUAAAGGGACACGUCGAAUCAGUGGUUAAGCUGAAGGGGCUAGACAUUGACACCAUCCAACAACACUACACUGUUUAGAACACUUGCUGAAAAGGCAAAGGUGGACGCAAGGAGUGCUCAGAGAGAAGCUGCAACGAUAUAUAUAUAUAUAUAUUUACAAAUAUAUAGUAUUUAUAUAUAUUUUAUGUUAUGAAAGUAGAGAUGGUAAAUGCUGGGAAAGCCAGCUGAAUGGAUUUGUCUUUAUAUUAGAUAUUGGAAAAAACUAAAACUCUUUGGGAUGGAAUGAAGAUGAAUUAUUGGGGUUAUUUUCUACUUUUUUUUUAAGAUAGGCUAAAAAAUUCAUGUGUUUAAGGUACACUAUCCUCUCACCUUUUUAUUUUAUUUUUUGUUUUUUUAUUUUUAUAAGAAUGAGGGAUUGUAUUGCCUA